ACACUGUACCUUAGGGUUCUGCCUUCAUCCGAAAUCCCAUUCGGAGCUGGUCUGCACGCAAAGCACACCCGCAACCGAACGACUGAAACGAGGCGCUUCAUACAGCACAACACGCACAUCGCGGGCGACACCGGCAGAGCACUGCGCGGACAUCAGAUACCAUGCCUGCAAUCAGAGGCGCCAACAGCAAGAGGAAGGCGAGACGCUAUGCCGCCAUUCGCGACAUCGACCAGAUUCACGCCGACAAGCUGGACCAGAAGCACCUCCAACAGUUCAAGGAUACGAAAGCGCCCGAAGACUUACCCGGCUUCGGCGAGUGGUAUUGCACGGAAUGCGCAAAGUGGUUUGAGUCAGAAACCAACUUUCAGCGCCAUAGCAAGGGCAAGCCGCACAAGAGACGCGUCAAGCAACUGAAAGAGGAGCCGCACUCGCAGAAGGCCGCCGAGGCGGCCAUUGGGCUCCGGACUGACACCGACAAAAAACUUGUGGAGGAGGAGAUGGAGGAUGUUACGGACCAAGACAUUCGCUGAAGCAAAUCUCUGCACUCUAUCGAAUUCAGACUUGUUGCCUUGAAAGACAUUUCACCGUCAACAAGAAGGAAAACGGGCGCAGAGAUUUGCGCUGGUGAGAGAUAUCGUCCACGGGACCUACCAACAUCCUGGGAGAAUGCUGGGGUUGGCAUCUGGGUCUCACAAUUGGUCUCAUAGCGAAGCUCCGCCGGGAAGCGGAUCUUUUGUUAUACCGAUGUGCUCACAUGGCGAUUAUCCGAAUUCCUGGCUCAUGGCUGCUUUCGGGCCUUGCCAGUCUCCGUCUGAGUGCGCAAGUGAUUCGGUGUGCGUGCAAUGAGAAGGAGGUGCCGGCAUGGCAGACAGCACCUGCGCACCAACGUAUCAAGACAUUAACCGGGCGGGCAUGCUUCGCAAAAUGGAAACGCCGUUGUGGCGUUGCACCUUACAACACCACAAUAAAACACUCCGAUUUCGCAGCACCUGCCGACGAGAACACCCGGCUCUCACUGCUUGGCAUGCUGGCCAGAUCUUCCGCAUGUCCGCAUGUGAACACGCUUUAGCUUCCGCCUACUCCCGGCCGACAGGUGACGCAUAAACUCGCAAUAGAAACAUAACAUAGCUGUAACAACAUUGAGUGUGGGCCAUUCCAUUCACCUCUCUUGCUUUGUUACCCUCGGGUACACUGGAUCCUGUCCACAAAAUCUUUUCGUGACCUUUUGGACCUUUUCUUUGGCAUUUUGGUCGUGGCUAAUUCGAAAGUCAUGCGAAUGUGACACGUUGCGAACUUGUGCAAGCGGAUGGUUUAGAAGCCGUUGCGAUGAUCAUGAUUUCGUACUGCCCUAGGCCCCUAGAAUCCAUCCGACACGAGGCCCGUUGGAUCACAGGUAAGGUUACCAAGGUAAGAUAGUUUUGAAACGGAUAACACUGCUGAUGAGGGAUGAGCACCUAAAACGGAGGGACAGAGGCUACAGAUAUGCACACAAGGUAUACAAUCAAUUGCAGUGCUGACAUAUCGAAUGGAGACUGGAGCUUUCGGUCGCAAGGGCAUAACAUUGUCUACUGAAGUGGCUUGUAACUACUGGGAUAAGGUUGCUUUCUCGACAAACAGAAAACUUUGCGUCACUCACCCAGAGUUGCACUGAGGUGACUGAGCUACGCCAGCCGAUGUGCAGGCUCUCCACGGAAUCUCUGUCACAAGUACAGUCAUCAACAAAUCCGACACAAACGACGACGCCAGACAGUUACACUUAUGGGAAGCCUACAGCUUACAUACGAAUCGUAAGGAACGACAAGGUUUGAUGUACCAGGGGCGCAUUGAUCCCAGGAGACAGAACAACACUUUGCCACGAGCUUAAUGGAUUAUGGGAGGUCGAGAGUGCCGGAACGAUCAGGGGUUGUCUGCAUUACUGUCCAUGGAUGAUCUUCCAAGCAAGCCAGUGCCCGCGGACAUGGCAAAUGCAAUAGCAGAAACACAGAGGCUCUUGCUCUCACUACAGAGUCGCUGCCAAUCUCAGCGCUCGACUUGCGCACGCACUAGCGCAUCUGCCGACCGGCGUCCUCCGAGCUGAUCAUGGCCUAUGUGGGUCUAAGCCUACCGAACAUCGAAAUAAGCCUCCUCGAAGGAGCUAGAAGUCUCUAGGACCUGUGGAGCGUCGACAUGGGCACGAUUGAGUUGAGUACCUGUAGCAACAUGGCGAUCAUUGUCCGGUGUGCAGCAGCUAGAACCAGUAAUAGUACAAUAUGAGCUGCAAAGUAGCUCGUUCGACUGGGAUAUCCUGAUGUUCAGCCUAGAUACUUAUCGACACUAGACCACUUUGCCAGACCGGCAUCCGCCACCAGGCGACAGCAGUACUUUUACGUACAGCAGCCGUGCAAGAACUUCUCCAGAUGAGAAGCCAGAAAGUGCCUGUGAAACACUUGUUCUCAGUGGCGGUGUACGUUGGACAUUACACAGCAUUAGCGGGGAAGCAAUGAUUGUUCUAAAUCG